UUUAGAAUGGAUCUGUUGUUUCUUAGCCGUCGCAUUUUUCUGGGCGAUGGCGAACAAAAUGGACUCAUUCAUGGUGGUAUUAUAGUGGAUACUGAGGGUAUUAUACGAAGGGUCCUUCGUACCCCCCAAGAGGUCAACACCUAUCUGUACAAUACCGAAUCCGAGGCUGUUUAUGAUUUCGGUGACCUGCUGCUAAUGCCAGGACUCAUCGAUCCAAAUGUUCACAUCAACGAACCGGGUCGUAAGGAUUGGGAGGGUUUUGUGGCAGCCACCAAAGCUGCUGCUGCCGGUGGGUUCACCACGAUUAUAGACCGACCCACGAAUGCCACACCGCCGACCGUCAAUGUCGCAGGCUUGAAAGCCAAAACCGCCACGGCACGUGGCAAGAUCUAUGUGGAUGUGGGCUUCUGGGGCGGUGUAGUGCCCGGAAAUGGUGAUCAGUUGAUACCCCUCCUCGGUGCCGGUGUCAUGGGAUUGCAGUGUACACUGGCCGGCUCACCAGAGCCCGUAUCCGGAGAGUUUCCUGCCGUGAACGAGAAACAGCUUGAGGAUGUGCUGGACCUGCUAAAGGACGAAGAGGAGGCAGUUAUAGCAGUACAUGCCGAAACACCGGGAAGUUUAAGCGAAUCGGAGUCGAUGGCACCUCGGGAGUACAAGACAUUUCUGGCCACUCGCCCGCCCCACAUGGAGGUCUCGGCCGUGCAGAUGCUGUGCCGACUGAGCCAACGGCACCCGCGGCGUCGCAUUCACAUCCUGAACUUGAGCAGCGGCCAGUGCCUCCCCCUGGUGGCGGAAUGUCAUCGAAAUGGGGGCCAUCUUACCGUCGAAACUUGUCCCCAUUAUUUGGCCUUGGGCGCCGAAGAUAUUCCAGAAUGCGGCACCGAAUUCAAGACAUGGCCGCCGAUUCGUGAACGUUCCAAUCAGGACCUACUGUGGCCAGAAUUGAAGCCCAAUGGCGGUAUUCGGAUAAUUGCCAGUGAUCACUCACCGGCCACGCCGGGCGUUCGGUGCCUCACCGGCGGCCGGGGGCGUGGCAACUUCUUAAAGGCCUGGCCGGGCAUUAAUACGUUGCAGCUCAGCUUGCCGGUGGUAUGGACGGCGAGUCAUCAGAGGAGUGGUGAAGGUAAAGAAUCUAUAUCCCUUUCGGACAUCCACCGAUUAAUGUGCCUGGAGCCGGCCCUACUCUGCGGUGUGUCCAACUUCAAGGGCCGCAUCGCUGAGGGCUUCGACGCCGACUUUUGUGUUUGGUGUCCCGAGGAGGAGUUCACCGUCGGUCCAGAGCUCCUUUUCACGGCCACCAAGGCCACACCCUAUGCCGGCCGGCGGCUAAGGGGGGUGGUGCAUGCCACGGUGGUGCGGGGCCUGCACGUCUACCAGCAGUUCGAGGGCUUCGGCCAGCCCCUUGGUAAGGUCCUGCUGCGGAAGACCAGCCGCAAGCUGGUCAAGUUCGUGAGGAUGUGAGUCCGAAUUGGGGUAAACUUUGUUAAUUAAAAUCAUUAAGAUAUUGGAGGGGCGGUGCGAUGUUUUGAUUGCCUUUUUUUCCCAAAGAGAUACUAUGCCACUUAGAAAUAAAUUAUAAAAAUGGU